AUGCUCUUCGCUAUCUUCUACUUUGGUCUUUAUUUCAGAUCUCCGCUUGCUCAAGUUUAUAAUCCCUGCAAUGAAACUGAAGAUCCAGGCCCAUGUCAACAGUUUCAGGUUAAAUGGUACUGGGACAAAUUAGAUAACAAAUGUAAGAAAUUUCUAUAUGGUGGAUGUCUUGGUAAUCUCAACCGUUUUGAUACCAAAAAUCAGUGCAUUAGACAGUGCUUAUACGAGCUGGAUAAUAUUGACACAAUUCCCGAUAAAAAAAAAGCGGCACAAAGUUGCCAAAAUAGUGCUCACGUUCCAUCUUUUUUAGAGUUAUGUUUUUUACCACCUGAUAAAGGUGAGUGUGAAAAUUACCGGACAGGUGAUCGAUACUAUUAUUUUAAUGCUGAAGCCGGUAAAUGUGAACCGUUUAUUUAUCGUGGCUGUGCCGGAAAUGCAAAUCGUUUCUACAGUUUACAAAAAUGCAGAAGUGUUUGUGCUGAAAGACUGUCACCUCACAAAAUUGCAUGUUCCAAAUGUGAUCUUCGUGUUUCCUAUUGUAAAGAAUAUUCUAAAUAUAAUUAUACCUGUGAAUGUCGUGAAGGUUACCAAAAAUUAAGCUCAGGUCAAUGUGUUGAUCUUAAUGAAUGUUUAAAACCGUCUAAAUUAUGUGACCGGAAUGCUCAGUGUUACAACACACCGGGCAGUUACAUUUGUAGAUGUAAACCUGGUUACAGAGGUAAUGGUAAACGCUGUACAUUUGUUGGAGUAGGACGUUCAACACUGGACUGUAAAAGAUGUAGCAAAAAUGCAACGUGUUCUCAUGGAGUCUGUACUUGUAAAGAAGGUUUUGUUGGUGACGGUUUUAAUUGUACUGAUGUUGAUGAGUGUACUCGAAGACCAGGAAUGUGUGAUAGAAAUGCCAAGUGUGUUAACGUUGCUGGAUCCUACAUUUGUGAAUGCUUACCUGGUUUUGCUGGAAACGGAUAUUUUUGUACCAAAAAAAUUGAUGCAUGCUUGGAUAAGUUUGAUGUCGAAUAUCAGUAUCAAUGUGGUGUUGAACAAUGGCGAGAGCAUUAUUACUAUGAUCAUAAAACAAAAAAAUGUAAACUAUUUUGGUAUGACGGUUGUCCAGGUAAAUCCAGAAACAUCUUUUCUAAGUUACACGCCUGUGAAUUAAUGUGCGAAUUUGGACAUGUUCUAGACCGUUCUGGUUAG